AUGGCAUCAUGCACUAAAUCCAGAGGCUGUUUUCAAAGCAUUGUGGUCUUCAUUCUGGGCUUAUACUGUGGCCAUGAAAUGUGGAACCGAGUUCGUCCAUCAGUAGACACCAACUACAGAACAUGUCAAACGGCAUCCUUCAACAAACCUGAGUUUAUCCGCAAGAGGUUAGCUUCACCUGGGAUCAGAACUGAACCUCCUGGUAAAGACAUCAGUAACACGUAUGAAGUUGCCUCCACGGAAGAUGAUACUGAGGACAACUUCCUGUUUGUGGGGAUCAUGACUGCCAGAAAGUUCCUGGAGUCGCGGGCGUUUGCCAGCAGUCAGACCUGGGUGCCCAGAGUUCCUGGCAAAGUCUACUACUUCCUGGGGGAAGGAGAAAAUUAUACUGGUCCACUAAAUGUGAUACAGCUGAAAGGAGUUAAGGAGAACGACUAUCCGCCACAAAAGAAAUCUUUCGCCAUGGUCGAGUACAUGAGCCAGCAUUUUGCGAAACACUACAAGUGGUUAAUCCGGGCUGACGAUGAUGUAUACAUGAAAGUGGACGAACUGGUCAAGUUCUUGAAGUCGGUCAAUGACAGUUACCCGCGAUACAUCGGCCAGCCAGGGUUUGGCAAAGCCGUGGAGGCGGGAAAGCUGGGACUUGCAGGGGCUUUCUGCAUGGGGGGUCCAGGGGUCAUAAUGACUCCAAAAGUAGUCAUGGGCGUGGCACCGGGUCUGAAAGACUGUCUGGGACUGACGGUCACAGGACAUGAGGACACAGAGCUAGGACGAUGUAUCACAAUAAACACAGGAGUCCAGUGUACUACAGCGUUUGAGAUGAAGGAGCUCUUCUAUCAAAACUACGCAGAGCUGGAUAUGCCCAACAGCUCUUUCAAGAAAAAUCUGGGGAAGGACGAGAUCAGAGCGGUCACUCUACAUCCGGUCAAAGAGGGGCCUUAUGUGUUCAGAGUGGACAACUUCUUUAAUAAUCUUACACUUUAUAAAAUGACGACAAAGAAAAAAUCGCUUCUUGCCGAACUAAAUGAGCUGGACAGAUUAAUCAAGGUCACAACGACAAGUUCACUGAAGCAGCGACUGGCCGACUCCUCACAGCCUAUUGAAGACAAUUAUCAGAUGGACACAAGAAUCUUCACAGAGGCUGCCUUCAGGCGUGGCGGCCAUGCUGUCAACCUAGAAAAUAUUCGCCGUCUGCCAAAAGAGAAGUCUGUGUACCAGGGACCAGACAAAUCUUGGGAAUUCAUUCGCUACAAAAGAAUGUUCAGCACCACAUUUGAGACGGGCAAAUUGGAGUUUCCUUUGGAAUACAAACGUAGAGCACAGCUACAUUCAGAAAUGACAAGCUACAUCAAAACUUUGCCAGAGAAUGUCAGAUACUCGCUGACGUUUGUGAAUGAAACCUACCAUCGUUUGUCCACUAGCAAGGGGGUUGAAACUCUCUUGUUUUUGAAGAAGUGGGUGAAGAAUAACAAAUAUGUUCAGCCAUAUUAUCUGCGGAAACCUUUGCUGGAAAAAUUAAUUGAUUUCAGAGAAGCAGAUGAGCAAGAUGAAGAGAUGGGCUCCAACGGUAAAACCAUCUACAUGCUGAUGCCCCUGUACCAGAGAUCUGCCAUCUACAGACGCUUCCUGGAGAUGUAUGCCACCACUGUCGGAGGCUACAAUGGUAAAGUGGAGCUUCGUGUAGUCAUGUUCACAGACGACAGGGGCGAACACAAGCUGAUGUCAGCCAUGACAUAUUCUCUCCUGGGCAAACAUCCACAGCUGGAUAUACGGAUUACUUACCUGGAUGAGCCUUUUAAUCGGGGCAAAGGACUGAUGACGGCCAUGUCUGACCUCCCAUACAACUCCCUCCUCCUGUUUAUGGAUGUGGAUAUGGAGUUUUCUUCCAUGUUCCUACACCGAGUUUCCAAAUACACAGUGAUGGGGAAAUCUACGUUCUUUCCAAUUUAUUUUGUGCACUUCAACCCUGAAUCCAUCUGUUACAGACAAGAUGAUUGCGAUAGUCUGCUGGAAAGUCGUCGAGAUGAAGUGGGUUUAUGGAGAAGCUUCAGUUACGGAAUUGGGGCAGUUUACAAGAAAGAUCUCAUACG